AUGAGUAACCAAGAGGCUGAUGUUCUACAUUGCUUGAGGUGCAGAAAAUAUAUACUAAAUUCUGUUUGCCUUGCAAAAUGUCACGGAAAAGAACCAUCCAAAUACAAUUCACAACCUUCAGCUGCUGCUCAGGAUUCUUGCAAAGUAGGGCUUGUGAACUAAGAAGCCAUACCAGAGUGGGGGAAAAGUGUCAUUGAAAAGAUAGAAUGGACAAUUGGAAAACUGCACUGUCCAUUCUGUGAGGCCUGCUUAGGAGGCUUUAAUUUUGCUUGCAACACAAAAUGUUCCUGUGGACAGUUAGCAAAUACACAUUUCUGCAAAAGUCGGACUGACUGUCAGCCAGCUUUCUCUGUUAAAUUGGCAAAAUCAUCAGGAAAACACUUACCUCUCCUCAAAAUUCAAUCUGGUUUUAUCAAGGGUACCUGCCACGAAGUGGUAACUGCAGCUUUGAAAAUCAAAAAUCAACGGCUUGCAUGCAUGGCCAGAAAUAACAACGGUACUGGAAGACUAACAGAAGCACUUUGUCUAGAAGUAAGAGCUCCCAGAUUUGGGAUGAAAAGUAAAAAACCUCCCUUAAAGGCAUUAAAUCAAAAAAGAAAUCUUUCUGCUUCAUAUCGUAUGAAUGAUAUACGCACUGUAAAACCUUUUCACAGAAGAGCACGUAGUUUGGAUUUAAGUAUCAGAGAGAGACUAGUUUUGUCACCUGUGUUACAUGAAAGUUGCAGUAUGGGAACAGUUUGCCAUGGCCAGAAUGAAAAUGUACCUGUUUACACCCAACCUGGCUUGCAACAGGAGUCCAACAGGAAAGACAGUAGUUCUUUUCAGGAUCUGUGUAGUUCCAGUGCUGACAAAGUACAAAAAAAGUGUCAGGUUACUUCCUUUACCACACUACUACAUAGAGAAACAGAAAGUGAGUGUGAUUUUGAAGCUACUGGGCAACCUUCUGGGAGUGCCAUUGAUGAUGGGUCACCUUCUGUGAUGAACCUUUCUUCACCAACAAGUGCUAUAGAAGAGGAGCAGCACAUCACACCUCUUGGUCCUGUGCAUCCUGUGAGUGUUUCCUUCAACCAAAAACUGAGUAAGAGGGAAAGAAACAAGUUGAAGAGCUUGCAGAGGAAGCAAAGAAGGCAAGAACAGUGGCUGCAGAAGCAA